GAACAAACGUCAAUCGGUUCGAACCGGAAGUUCUUGGCGUGAUUUCGGCAUAUGCAGUAUUUUGGGACUUCUGCUGCUGUCGUCUGAAAGUUUUCCUGUAUUCUGUUGUUCAUUACUUUUGACCAGUUGACAAAUUCGUCUAGCUCUCCAGUAACGUUUUCGAAAACCUUGUCAUGCACAAUGAACGUCGCAGUUUUAGAUCGAAUCUAGAUUCUAAUAUAACAGAUGCUAUUCGAGUAGUAACCUGCAAACAAAAUCAAGACUUACGAAUUACUUUCGCUAAUGAUUAUGCUUGUUCAGACAGACCAAGACCUACCGGUAGCAAAAUGGCAUAUUCUGCUUCAGGAUCAGGAUUACGAGAAACUAAUGGUCACAAAAUGCAGCGUCAGCCAAUUACUUCAACCUACAAAGGACCUCAACUGAAUAGACACUAUGGAAAUGAUGCCACUUUUGUCGCAACUCCCAUGGAUUCACAUACUCAAGUCAGUUACGGAUCUGCUAACAGGCGUCCACCCAUUAAUAAAUCAGUUUAAUGUCAGGAUAAGAAAAGUGCAAGCUUAUGGAACCAGACAAAAUGUAAAUCUCACGUACUGUUCAGAAUCAUUAUUACUUGCACACAAAAUUGUUUUAGGUCUAUGGUUGUCAUUCAGUGUAUUUUUACUCAGUUUACUUUGUCACACUGGUGGUUGUAAAAUCACAACUCAUUGGUGCGAUUGCCUAACUCAGUUAUUAGAAUUUGAUUAUCAAAAUAAUCGUCGUUCUACACAUGGCAUGCAUUCCAUAAAUAAGGAUCAAGAGCAAUAUAAUCAUGAUUUGAUGACUCAGUAUGAAAUAAAUCGGGCCUUGUUUCUGGCUAAUCCACCUCCAUCCGUUUUAGCUAGUCGUAAUCGUGGUUGCGGUAAUAAUAGUAAUAAAAUAAAUGAUAGCCGUCGAAUAGAAAUACAAAAACAUUCUUUAAAUCAACCUGUAAUAAAUGGAUCACGUAUGAAUCGUUCAUCAGGUUUUCGGUCGACAUUAGAUCAACAGCGUAGUGUUUUUUCAUCGAAAUCAAUGAAAGAGCGUGCAUUUUACAAUUUAGAUUCUGAACAUGACAAUCGGGAAGCCUUGUCCAAAAGUUCUCGUGGCCUUACGCGACAUUCGCGAGUUCAUUUUCAAAGUAAUUUUCAUCGUGGACAAGGUUCAAGACAAUACUGGGGUCAUGAUGAUAGAUUUGAAAAUCGCGAGAGUACUCCAGGACUUCGUGUUCAAAAUUCUUUUCAUAAUGGAGAUUCUAAAAUUCGUCACCAUUCUGGUGAUGAAUAUAUUGAUGAUUUAACACCAGAGGAUAUUGCAAAGUACAAACUCGAAAUCAAUAUGGAUAAACAACCACGCUCUCUACAUCAUCAUUAUCAACAUCAACACCGACCAAAUCAUCCCAAUAAUCGUUAUUAUCCACCUCAUUUUAAACAACCGCAAAAGAAUUAUUCUCAUGCUCAUUGCACACAAAUAUAUAAUUCAUCUAGGAAAGAGCCAGCUCGUUCAAAUAAUAAAAUACGAGGUUCAUACAGUGGCGGCAACAAUACUAAGCAAUAUCAAACUGACGAGAAAAACAGGCCGAGGUGUUCCACAAACAAUGAUAAAAUUUCAGUGAGUGAAAUGAACAUUAGUGAGGACAAUCAAGUUAAUAAUGAUGAGCCGAUUCAAACAAACGAUGCUACUGAAGAUUCCCCAUAUUUUGAGCUCGACUUUGUUAGCGGAAUUUUCGACGUACAAAUUCAUGAGAGAGCUAGAUCCUUUUUAACAUUAGGUAUCGAUGACAGUGAGCUUUCUCAAAGUGAUUGCUACACAAAUAUAUCUGAAUUAAAUACUCAUGGAAUGCAUCGAAGUCACUCUCUUCCAUCACUUAGAGACUUGGAAAGAAAUUACCAGCCACAUUCAUUUGAGGACUGCACAACACCGACGAUCAGCCUUAAUACUGAAGGAGUUGCAGAUUUAUCAACGAAAAUUAAUGCCAUAACUACCUCAGUAGAAACGACAAAUAUAAAAUCAAAAAAUAACGUAAAUAUAUCGAGUGCAAAUGUUUGCGGUAGUGAUACAGCACAAUAAUGCAAUAAUAUGGAGAACGAAAAUCGACGAUAACACAGUGAUCUCCCAAAAAUGUAAUGUUUGGAUCACUAACAGUCAAAUGUAUAGCCUCAUUGUUUCUCUUUACCUCUUCUUAGAUUUUUUACUUGUAUGACUUCGAACAUGUUUUUACUUACUGAUUGUUAUGACAUCGCCUUAACUGCAAUGAGAUACUUCGCUCGCUCCUUUGUGAUUAUGGAUUAACUUGAUUAGUGAUAUUGUUUAUUAUUUGCUAGUUUUCUAUGAUAUACUUAUUGAUAAAUGAAAGGCCAUAUCAGUCAUGUAACAUUUUUUCGUUUUCUUUAGCAUUUAAAACAUAAACUGUACAAAAAAGCUAGAGCGUUAAAACCAAUAAGUUAAGAGUUAGUGUAUAAUGAUGAUGAUAUAAGUAGAAAUUAACUAACAUUUGAAGAAUACAAAUUAUGAAAUUCAAUUUCUGAAAUAUCAUGCACGCAAGUGUAAUCUGAUGCACUUGAAUAUUCUAACAAUGUAGCAAUCAGUCAACAGUUCGAUUACGGUGGAACAUUUAACCAUCAUAUUUUUAUUUUCACCAAGUAACUAGUACGUCAAAAGUUAUUGUAUAUUUGACUACAACAAAAAAACAAACAUUGCUCUAGUCCACCAUGUGACCCAGUUUUUAGAAUUCUUAAUCACUGCCGGGUAGACCGCUGUAUUACAGCAGCAUAUUUUUUUUUAACCUCAUGAUAUUUUUUUCAACUAUUUUAAAGUAAAGGAUUAUUUUUCC